AUGGCGCUUCGAGCGUUGGGCAGCGGCAAGCCAGGCAGCCGGGCUGUCUGGCGCAUCGGCCUUCUCAUCACGUACCUGGUGGCGGCGGUGGUGCUCGCGGCCCUUUGGGGCGGUGGCGUGACGGGCCGCCACAAGGUGAACAUCCAUGGCAUAAGCGUGGGCCUGAGCGAGGAGGCCCUGGGCGCGGAGGAGGUGGGCCUGGUGGCGGGCCUGGCCCGCUUCCUGUUGCAGCAAGAGUUGGGCUCUCUGUCGGAUUGCAAAUCAGUCAAGAGCGCGCAGGUCAAGGCGGGCGAGGCUGGCAAGAAGCUCAGGAAAGCGCAGCAGGACGCAGAAACCAAGGAUCGACUGGCUGUCGAGGCUCUCCUCGAGGCGGUCAAGCAGAAGAAGUACGUGGAGCAGCUGGAGCAGGAGCUGCGUGAGGCUGUGGCAAAAGCUAAGCAGGAGAUGGGGCAGCAGGAGCGUCAACGGGAAGGUGGAGCCGCCCCAGGAGCCGUUCCCCAGCCGAGUGAAGUCCGCAGCAUGGUGGACAAGCACGCGAGGCUGGCCAAGCUGGUGGGGACCAAGAUCGAAGGUUCCCAAGACGACGCCAUCAAGCCUGAGGACUUCAGUGAGUUCUCCAGCGCCACCUUCGACGCGGCGAUGCAGGAGUUCGGCGGUGACUGUCCAGACAAGCGCAAGCUUCUGGAGCAGCUCGCGGAGAGGAUUGGCAAGAAGAUGCGCGGUCUGCGGCAGUCCUACGUCGAGCAGUGGCAGGGUGUUGGCGAUCAGGUGCGGGCGCUCCUCAGUGGUCCUGGUUGCCUGGCCGGAGCUUGGAGCCAGUUCCUCGAGCAAGCCGAGUCCGCGUGGCUGGACGUUUACCAGACCACUGACCAUCAGCAGAAGUACUGUGGCAGAGGCAAGGAGCACUCGCCGAAGCUGGUUCGGAACCUUCCAGUUGCAGGGGCUCGCUGGCCCAGAGUGUCUGCAGAAGCUACGUGGCUCCUUCAGGUGUCCAACGAGCUGGAGGUCGCUUCCAGAAUGGAGUAUCCCAUAUCGCGUCUUCGAGCGCUGCAGGGUCUGCGCAAGCUACUGGCGAAGCCUCCGAAGCUCGUGAAGGUGGAGCCUGCGGCUGGGGACGCGGGCUGCGUCCCGCCAAAGGACGUCCCCCUCGUGAGCAGCUGGUGGCAUGCGCUCAGCAGUUUGCGUAUUGGUCGGCUGGGCCUGGGCGUCGUGUCCCAGCUUUCACAUCGCACGAUGCAGGAGGCCUGCAGGGUGGCGGAUCAUGAUAUGUACGCGCGCCGAGCUGAGUUCAACGAGUGGGUCGAGCGACAGGUCGCUCGCAGUGGCCUGGAGGCGUCGGUCAGCUACGGGUUCGUGGUCACAGGCUGCUCUAGCACGGAGCUUGACAAGCUGAGAACUCUGGUGUUCACGUCCGUGGCUCAUUCCACUGCUGGGCGGCCGAUGUCAGUUACCUCGAUGCUGGCCCCAGGCCUUGAUCCGAUGUUCAGGGCGACGCUGCUACCAGUUAUGACAAUGCUUCGAGCGGCGUGGGAAGGAGAGCUGGAGCCGCUGACGCGGCUUAUCAACGGAGGUGCAGCUUGCAAGACAGGCAUGUUCGGCAAGCAGGUCGUCCCAGGUUCAGUGCUGGGCCAUGGGUACCAGCCGCCCGCUGGCGCGUCUUCGUGCACUUUGAAGAGUUUACGGGGUGGCGCUGGUCAAGGCUGGGUUAACGUAUUCCAUGACCUGCUGGGUGGUAUUACCGAUUCCUACGACGGCGUGGGUGCAGAUGGAAUCCCAGUGGCCGAGGCACCGCAGAUCGUGUGCAGCAGUUCUGCGCCCUUGGUCCGACAAGACGUGCCAGCCAGCCAGGCCCCGCGCGACAGCUUCGUGGCUGUCGGUCCUGUGGUGGGCAGCUUACCCUCAAUGCUCGGCUUCGGCCAUGCGCCACAGGAUACGGGGUCUGAGGGCAGUCGUAAUGGAGUCGGGUCGGGCCAGCGUGGCUGCGCAGGCGAGGCCACGGUCGUGUCCGCUGGUGGAGCGCCAGUUACCGAGGUGAUAUUGGGUGGGAGCUGCAUCUCUGCGCCCCUGGUCCGACAAGACGAGCCAGCCAGCCAGGCCCCGCGCGGCAGCUUCGUGGCUGUCGGUCCUGGGCAGCUGACCCUCAAUUCUUGGCUUCGGCCAUGCGCCACGGGGUACGGGGCUCGCAAGUUCGAGAAGGGCUACGCUACUGCACCAGACUGUCUGCGCUGUGGGCCGCUUGGGACUUUGUACCACAGGCAUUGUGAGUGUGGCAACUGGCCUGAUGGAUUGGUGCUGCCGAAGCAGAUCGAGCUGUUGGCGCAGGGGGGCUACGAGCGUUGCACCUCAGUUGGCUGGGCAGUCAUCGCGCUGAGGCCAGGUUCUGACGAGUUCUACCAGGGCGUGUCAGGGAGCAUCGUCCCGACGGUGCUGGAGAUGAGUUCCAAGUUAAAGAAGAAGCACGUGCUUGUGGAGCUGGCGCCCGUGCGGAGCUCCGAGCUCGUCAAGGAUUUGGCGGUGAUUGCAUGCCUGGUGUGUGGCGCCUCAGCUGCAGCCAGGCCCUCCACGUUCAAGAAAGAGUGCGGCCACCCUGGCAGCAAAGGCAAGGCCGUGCUGUCGAGGCUGGAGAAGAAGCUUUGGCGUCCCGAGCCCUGCCUCGGGCGCGCCCUGGCCGCCGAGAACCACCGCUCGGACCGGCUGCUCUCGGACUUCCUGGGGCUGAAAGACGAGCAGCUGUGCCCAGUGUUCGGGUUCGACCGGAACACGUACUACCUGCUCGCCCUGCAGGUCAUAGUCGGUUUUGCCAUCCUGAAGCUGUGCAGGAUGUUGUCCGAGAGCUUCGCCGCGCCCAAGGAGGUCGUCCAGGACGAGGAGCCCGAGGAGGGCCUGGGGGAGCGCAGGGCGUCGGCGCCGCCCUCCUUCCACCACUCGCCGCCGUCGCGCAAGAGGUCCAUGAGCGGCAGCUCUGACCCGUUCGCCUCCAUGCCCAGGGGCUUGAGCGGCGGCGACCCCUUCGCCUCCAGCGCCUCCAGCGCGCUCCAGACGCAGGGCAGGUCGAGGCAGCAGAACUUUGUCUCCUUUUCGAGCACCUACGAAGACGUAGGAGGUGGGCAGCAUGUGGAAGACCGGGAAAUCGCGGCCCUGAACGAAGAGUUCCAGCAGAGGUUGGCGAAGAUUCUGCAGGACAGGCGGCAGCAGGAGCAGGAGAUCUUCAAGAGCCCGGCCGAGCAGGCCAUGAUGUCCCAGGAUGCGAGCCAGUUGGAGUUCUCGCAGCUGGAUGCGCUCACCAUGGGGGACGAGGAGCCCGCGGGGAUACCUAUCUUGCCCAUCGUGUACUGGGUGUGGCAGGUCAUCAUGUCGUUCGUACUGAUGGUGACCAUGAUCAUUAGCAUGACCCAGUACAACGGUGCUUGGACGGAGCUGAUGCGAAGCAGAGGGUCGUGGGCGCACUACAACCUCUUCAUCUUCGCGUACAUGAACAGCGGCAUGCUGCCCACCGGGGUGCAGGCGGUCUGCCACAUGAUCACCAGCCUCCUGGAGAUGCAGUCCAGGCGCGGCCCUGGCGGCGCCACGCGCCUGCUGCAGAUCGCCCCCGGCGAGGAGGAGGCCGACGACCGCGCCGGCCCCGACGCGGCCGAGGUGAACAAGAAGCUGUUCUUGCUGAUGCUCCCGAUGCUUCUGCCGCUGGCCGCGGCCGCCCUGACCCACGUGGUGCCGUUCUGCUUCUGCUACCCGUGGGUCCUGGUCUUGGCAGGCGUGAUCGCGGCGGCCCUGAUCAUGCUUACAAGAUUCGGCGCCGCCCAGCUGAAGAUCAGCAGGCGGCUCGAGAUGGACGCUCUCAUGCUGAUAACGCAGCUCGUCGCGUGCCUGUUCGUGCACAGCAGCGUGCCUGUGAUGAUCCGGGUCUUCGGCGGCGAAUGGCGCCACGGGGGCUACUCGAACCAGCUCUUCUCCCGAGUGUUCCGCGGGGAGUUCGAGCACGUGCCUUGCACGUGGUUCAGCUUUAGCCACGGCGUAGAUGCCGUGCUUCGCUGGACAUAG